CAUGAUCAUGCUUUGCCAUUCAAAUAAUUCAGUGCAGUUUGGUGUAGAAUAAAGUAGUUACAGCAGUUGUUUGGAAGGCCUGUAUAUAUAUCCGCACAGGAAUUAAAACAGGUUUGAGGAGAGGAUACUUGCCGGUGGUCUUCCUGGUUCAAUGGAUGGUCUCCUAGAAGCACCACUGAACGCACCCAAGCGACUUGUGUGCGUCAACUUUCCUGGUUUUGUGAACAAUGUUGGUCGUGCCAUUGAAGUCCUUGGUGGCGAAUCGAAGAUAUCACGGGUCUUCUCAAACUCCUCGUAUCGCCUGGAGGCUCACUUGAGACCGAAAGACGUGGAGUCCAUCCCACUGUACGCAUCCCGAUCUCACUGCUGCGGUAUGGUGUUGAAGGUUCGCCGUCGCAAAACUCCACCGCCGGAAGGCAGUGAGGAGCAAGCGACAACCGUGCAAGUUGUUGGCUGUGUGACCGUCAAGUAUGAGUUCUCUGGGUUGGCUGACUUCCAGUUCCUGCCAGCUGCAGUUGACAAGAAUCCGGGUGCCUCUUCAACGUUUCGCCAUGCAACCUCCAUUACAGAGCCUCUGAGUUCAGCUGCACUCGUCGAGACCGAUUUCUUGCACAUUCCAACUUUCCUCUUCUGCCGUAGCGAUCGUCCUCUCUCAUUUAGAGCGUACACCAAGCCACGCGUGGACCGACCUGUGUCUGCGCAGUUUAUCCCGUACAGUGAAGACACUGUGCCUCUUGCGCCUAUCAAGCCACAUGAACACAUCUUCACGCCAAUCUUCCAACAAAUGUUUGAGGACCGACCUGUUUGGUCAACCCAAGCCUUCUACAACACUGUUCAGACGCGGGUUGGCAAGAGGAAGAUCACACGAGUCAUUAUCAAGAAGAUUAACAAGACGCUGGCAUACAUGUUCUCAUCAGGACCGUGGCGUCUAUGCUGGGUGAAGCGCGGCUAUGAUCCACGCACUGACCCAGAAGCUUACAAAUACCAGGUGCUGGAUUUCCGCUCAAAACGUUCUGUCUACCGUGGCAAACCAGAGAAAGUGCGCCCGCAGCGCAUGUUAUCCGCCAUUGGGCCAACAGUAGCCAAGCCUUCGACCCAGUCGUGUUCAGUUGCCUUGGUGAGAAAGGAUCAGGGUGCUGGGGAUGCAGCGGACGACUAUGAAACGCAUAUGUACCAGCCGGGAACGAAAGUGAACCAAGGCCAGAAGCUGUUCCAAGUCUGUGAUGUCAUGCUGGACGAUGUUCAGGACAAGAUGAUGGAUGGCAGGGUCGAGGCAUGCACAGAAAAGGAUGGCUGGUUAUCCACCGGCACGAUGGAUGCUAUGCGUACUGUAUUGGCACAGCAUGUACAGGAAGCAGAUCUCCAGCAGAAUCCUACUGAGGCAAGUGUAAGCUGAGCGUGCUGUUGGAGGAUUUCGCCAUUGCCAGAUCAGCUGUGGAUCACCGGCAAGAGUCGCUUGUGAUGGUACGAGAGCGAGAGUGCUGCAUCAUUGAGAGACUAUUUAUCAGGACCGGUGUCAUGGGCGUGCUCCUGUGCUGGCUUCUCAACUGCAUGUCUCGGGGUUUAGUUCUAUGCACGGGGAACACCGGUGGAUGUCUGUGACAUGAUGGCCUUGAUGUGAACAGUACAGAAUGCCGUACAGUAUCUGGCUUGAAUUCAUUAGCUGUGUAUGCCUGAGGGAGGACUUGGAUCAACUGCCAGAACAUGUUUGGUUGAGAGCACAUCCACGCAGUGUGCAGUGGCUCCAAGAUGUACUCCGAUUGCCCUGUCUAGUGGCAAUGAGGGUCAGGUACUUCUGACCUGGCAUGUGAAGAAUCUAGAGUGAGUCCUGCUGUACAAGUCCUGCUUGUACUGUAUAUCACACCUCUUUGGAGCUCAAUACACUGCCUGUACAAGCCACAUGUACUUGUAGCGAUAGUGUGCAACGUGAUGCACAUGCCACAGCUCACAGUAUACCGUGGUUUGCGUGUGCAGUGCAAGAGCACCGAGCAAGAAUGGAACAGUCAACACAAUGAUCAUUGUUCCUGCCACCGAAGCCAGAGCGGUUGGUUGCAUGCUGCACUAACUGGAUUCCCGUUUGGCAGAUGCUCAGGGCAAGCAUAGGAUGCAGCCCAGUGCUACCGUGAUGCAGCAUAUUUUUUAGUGAUACCCGAUAUAUUCCUGAUCUAUCAUCCAUCGUGUCCUCACACACUGUAUCAUAUCUGUGAAAUAGAGCUUGAGCAAUGCGAGCUGAUUAUUUGUUACGUUCUCCUAAGUAAGACUCGAUAAGUAGCAUUCUGUUCAUAGUUUCACUUUUAAAAGUCCUACAACACCUUCAAUCAUACAUGUAUUUCCAGAAACCAAUCAUUGUGAUUCCCUGCAAGCACACUCAUAAUGUGACGUCAGUGACCUGACAUUUCAGAUUUCAUUUUAUAAAACCAUUCUUCUUAAUACUUGUAGUGAAAA